GCACACCAUGGACAUAGUGGAGUUAUCUGUCUCUCUCCUUUUAGUACUGAUAGUUAUUGUAUCAUUGCUGUCCAACGUGCUGGUUCUAAUCUGCUUUCUCUACAGUCCGGAAAUUCGAAAGCAAACGCCGGGUCUUUUUAUCCUCAACCUGACCUUCUGCAACUUGUUGCUAACGGUGUCCAACAUGCCACUGACUUUAGUUGGGCUUAUCAACAAGGGAAACCCCGGCGGUGAAGGGUUCUGUCACAUCGUUGGCUUUUUGGACACCUUUUUGACGACGAAUUCGAUGCUGAGCAUGGCAGCUCUGAGUAUCGACAGGUGGAUUGCUGUGGUUUUCCCACUGAGUUACAGCUCAAAAAUGCGCCACAGAGAUGCUGCUAUCCUGCUGGGUUACUCCUGGGCACAUUCCGUAUCCUUCUCAACAGCAGCCGCUUGUCUCUCGUGGGUGGGAUACCAUCCGCUUUAUGCGUCCUGUACUCUCCGCGAUGCGAGGGCAAACAGCGUCCGGAUCCAGUUCGUUAUCUUUACUGUGGUUUUCCACUCGCUCACCUUCCUUUUGACCUUAGUAGUUCUGUGCAUCACUUACCUUAAAGUGCUUAAGGUGGCGCGUUUUCACUGUAAACGGAUUGAUGUUAUUACAAUGCAGACCUUAGUGCUUCUCGUGGACAUUCACCCGAGCGUUCGGCAGCGAUGCCUGGAGGAGCAGAAGAGGCGGAGACAGAGAGCUACCAGGAAGAUCAGCACCUUCAUCGGCACAUUUGUAAUCUGCUUCGCGCCCUACGUCAUAACGAGCAUCCUGGAGCUCUUUCCAGCAGUGCCAAUCAACCCCCACUGGGGAGUGGUCUCCAAGUGCCUGGCCUAUAGCAAGGCGGCCUGCGACCCUUUCGUGUACUCGCUCCUGCGGCACCAAUACAGGAAGACCCUCACGGUCAUCGUCAACCGGCUGCUGAAGAGGAGCGCCCUCAACGCGUCCGGGUGGAGGGGCGGGGAGAACGGGCACGGCCGCACCGUAGCCGCAGCAACGGCAGACUGACAGCGUUUGAUUUGAGAAGGGGAGGGUCGGGGGGGGGGGG